CAUUGUUGUCCAUCACAAUUGGUAGUACGUUGAGGAUUCACACAUCACUUGGCAAAUACGCUGUUUCCGCACAAACUGGCUGGUUGUACAGACCCGGCAUGUCUACACAUAGGCACUCUAUUUGACAAGUGCCAAGUCGAGCAUCUCAUGACUUGGCAAAUGUUCAGGAUUCGAUGGGAAAUGCUGGAAGCGCCGGAGGAAGGGACAGACACCAGAAAGGUGGCGAACUUCACGUGCCUCAUUCACCUUGUAAAGACGAACAAGCUUUCGUCUUCGACAAAAAAACCGAACCGAAUUUGGUGUACCAAAGCUCCCACGAAGACGACGACGAAUUCGCCAAGGACGGGACACCGAAUUCCGAAGGAGGUGCCUUCAACAUUCCUCGCCAAAGAUCAAACACUGUGUCCGAAGGUACACAGGUCAAUGACAAUAAAGUAUUUCCUACAGUUUUCAAAUGGGACGGAGGAGGCAAAAAUGUCCUCAUCAGCGGUACUUUUUCUAACUGGAAGACCAUUCCGAUGGUCAAAAGCCAUGGAGAUUUUGUUACAAUCAUAGAUCUGCCUGAGGGUGAGCAUCAGUAUAAAUUUUAUGUUGAUGGGGAAUGGAAACAUGACCCUUCAUUGAAAAUAGUUGAAAAUGGAAUGGGCUCAAGGAAUAACUUGAUAGCCGUUAAAAACACAGAUUUUGAGGUGUUCCAAGCAUUAGCUAUGGAUAGCGAAAGUGCAAAUCACACUCAACCAGGUAAUUACGGGCAAGAGAUACCACCGAUGAGGCCAUGGGAAAAACCUGCAGGUCCGCCAGUGCUUCCACCCCACCUUCUUCAAGUCAUUUUAAACCGGGACACUCCCAUAUCAUGUGAACCUACUCUUCUCCCUGAACCGAAUCACGUCAUGCUUAAUCACCUUUAUGCUCUUUCAAUCAAGGAUGGUGUCAUGGUUUUGAGUGCAACACAUCGUUAUAGGAAAAAGUAUGUUACCACGUUGCUAUACAAACCAAUUUAAGUUAUAAAUUAAUGUAGUGGUAAAACAUAAUUUUGAGAGAGAAAAAACCAGCACUAGAGAAAACACCAAUAUUUAUAAGUGGUCAUUACGAGGAUUAGUUCAUAAAUUAGUUGACUCUGUUAAUCUUGACAUUGCUUCUAUUUUUUUUCUUUUUAUGAUGAAUGUCAUUUUUGCUAUUGUCAAAAGUCAAGGUGCUAAUUUUAUGUUUUACAACCUAUUCUAAUUUAACGAAUUGAAUGUGUGAUAUUCAACUUUAUUGAGGAAUGAGUUGUGAGAAUUUCAGUUGUAUAUGUAAUAAUUACGGCUGCCUUCAAUAUUUUAAAUGGCAUUGAUUAUUUGGAUGAUGAUAAUAAUAAAAAAAAAUGCUGUACAUAACAAGUUAAUAUUAUA